UCAACCACUUUCCGCCAACAGAAGAAGAAGUGGAAGGAAAACAUGGCGGCGUCCACUGUCGGUACAUUCAGGGCGAGUCGAACACGGUCACAGAAUCCCGCCCAAAGUCUCCACUGACACGGACAUGAUACUUCGAGCCGAGGCCACAGCGCGUUACUAUGUGGGCCGCCGGCUGCCUCGCGGCGACGCUGUCCCGCGGACUCUCGUCCUCCUCGCGGGCCCCCUGGAGGCUCCUGUUCUUUGGCUCGGACCAGUUUGCGGUGGAGUCCCUGAAGCUGCUCGCGGCCAGCAGGAGCCGCCCGGGCGGGACGGUGGAGACCCUUGAAGUGGUCGCGUUGUCCGGUGACGUCCCAGUGAAGCGGUUCGCUCAACAGAACCGGCUGGCGGUCCACAGCUGGCCCCCCGAUGACGUGGAAGGCCGGUUCGAUGUCGGCGUGGUGGUGUCGUUUGGCUGCCUCCUCCACGAGGGGCUGAUCAACAAGUUCCCACACGGCGUGCUGAAUGUUCACCCCAGCCUGCUGCCUCGGUGGCGAGGUCCAGCCCCCAUCUUCCACACCAUCCUGCACGGAGACACUGUGACGGGGGUCACCGUCAUCCAGAUCCGCCCCCACAGGUUUGAUGUGGGCCCCAUCCUCAACCAGGAGCUCCAUGAGGUCCCUGGGAACUGUAGCGCUGAUGAGCUUGGAGCCCUCCUUGCCACCAGGGGAGCACAUCUGCUGCUCGACACGUUGAGGACGCUGCCGGAGAGGCUGGCCCUCCAAAGGGAGCAACGCCCGACAGGCGCAACGUUUGCCCCGAAGAUCAGCCCGUCCAUGAGCUGGGUGCAGUGGGAGGAGCAGACGUGUGAGCACAUCGAUCGUCUCUAUCGGGCCAUCGGAUCGCGGAUAGCGCUGAGGACCACGUGGAUGGGCCGGACCAUCAAGCUCCUGGAUUUUGUAGGAAAAUGUCACAUUUCAUUACUGGGGUUUUCAGAGCCACCGGCGGUCCCCUCUGUGGGGCCCGGGGGCCUGUGCCGUCACUCAUCACUACUCCCGUCUGCAGAUCCACAGAGGAAAGCGGCGCCGGGCUCGCUGAGCUACCAGAAGGAGUCCAACACGCUGGCUGUCUGCUGUAAGGACGGCUGGGUGGGAUUCAAAGCGGUGCUGCUGAAGAAGAAGCUGACCGCUGCUGACUUCUACAACGGGUACCUGCACCGGGCGCUGCAGCAGCGCCCCCCCUCCCGCACCGCGGAGGGCCGCUUCCUCAGCCCUAACCAAGCAACCCGAGCACAUGAGAGAAGAGACCAGUCCGAGCUGUGAUGCAGCAGGGGUCCUCUCCCCCUGGACGAGCCCUUCACAUAUGACCUUUGACCCCACCCCAUUGAUUGUGGUGCUGGUGUCUGUUUUAAGACGUCUGCAUUUGCAGUUCAUAGUCAAUGUGCUGGUGUGUGGCAGAUACAAGGGACAACUAUCAACUCAUUACUUGUGUUCCGACGUGUACGUUUCCUAAUGAGUGAAGCACUUUGUGUUUGUUUAAAUGAAAUGUAAGCGAUUGCGUCAGAGAGUCAACUUCUUUGUCCCGUCGAACCGGAUGAUGGGAGAUCAUCAUCAUUCAUUUUCUUAUGAUUGGCUCCGUUAAUGUUUGACAUUUUAUGCUAGUGAGCUUUAGGUUGGCUAAUAUACUUUGCUAAAGUAAUAAACGAGGCUAUGAAGAGUC